AUGGCAGCUUGGUGGUUGAUAAUGAAGCUCUCAAAGCUAAACGAACGAAAUGUAGCACAUGUGGUCGCUGUCGGCCCCCAAAGCGCCUACGGUGCGGCUGCAGCCAACCACAGCUCACAUAUUUGCCCGAUUUCAAUCAAUGAUGGCUUCACUCCCCUCGCCAGUGCUAGUAAUCCAAACUCUACCUCAACCUCAACCAGGCGGCCGGCCUCCAAGGCUGCAUGCUCUCUCACUGCCCGUGUGCUUCCCUCGACAACAAGCACCACUCCGCGAGUCCCGUCCUUCACUCCACAACAAUCAUCCCGGGGCCUUGCAACGGUCCAAGACGCUCCUCCACCAAAGAAAACGCAGUAUGGGGGACUGAGGGACCAAGAUCGCAUCUUCCAGAAUCUCUACGGGCGCACUGGUGCGGAUUUGAAGAGCGCGAAGAAGCUUGGAGACUGGCACAAAACGAAGGAGAUUUUGGCGAAGGGCCAUGAAUGGAUCAUUUCCGAAAUCAAAGCGUCUGGCCUACGAGGACGCGGUGGCGCUGGGUUUCCUUCCGGAAUGAAAUGGUCAUUCAUGAACUUCAAGGAUUGGGAUAAGGAUACAAAGCCGAGAUAUCUCCUCGUCAACGCUGAUGAGGGCGAACCGGGAACCUGCAAGGACCGAGAAAUCAUGCGUAAAGACCCCCACAAGCUGAUCGAAGGAUGUCUGGUUGCGGGCCGAGCCAUGAACUGCUCAGCUGCAUAUAUUUAUAUCCGUGGCGAGUUCUACCAUGAGGCGACAGUCCUACAGCGAGCGAUCCAAGAAGCUUACCAAGAUGGAUUGAUCGGCAAGAAUGCCUGUGGCAGUGGCUAUGAUUUCGAUGUCUACGUCCACCGUGGAAUGGGAGCCUACAUAUGUGGUGAGGAAACUUCGUUGAUCGAGUCUUUGGAGGGCAAGCCUGGCAAGCCUCGUUUAAAGCCUCCGUUCCCUGCGUCUGUUGGUCUCUUCGGGUGUCCUUCAACCGUUGCGAACGUUGAAACUAUUGCUGUAGCGCCAACUAUUUGCAGGCGAGGAGGUUCCUGGUUUGCUUCCUUUGGACGAGAGCGGAAUUCCGGGACAAAGCUGUUCUGUAUCUCAGGACAUGUCAACAACCCAUGUACUGUGGAGGAGGAGAUGAGUAUUCCUCUCCGUGAGCUCAUCGACAAGCACUGUGGCGGUGUUCGUGGAGGCUGGGAUAACCUGAAGGCUAUCAUUCCCGGCGGGUCUUCUACACCAAUCUUGCCCAAGAGUGUAUGUGAUGAACAGCUGAUGGACUUUGAUGCGCUGAAGGAUAGCCAGUCCGGUCUUGGUACCGCGGCUGUGAUUGUGAUGGACAAGAGCACCGAUGUCGUACGAGCCAUCUCACGACUAAGUCACUUCUAUCGACAUGAGUCUUGCGGUCAAUGCACACCUUGCCGAGAGGGUAGCAAAUGGACUGAACAGAUGAUGUCGAGAUUCGAGAAGGGGCAGGGCAGGGUCCGAGAAAUUGACAUGCUGCAAGAACUUACAAAGCAAGUCGAGGGCCAUACCAUCUGUGCUCUUGGCGAAGCUUUUGCAUGGCCCAUCCAGGGACUAAUUCGACAUUUCCGUCCGGAGUUGGAGGCACGUAUGAAGGACUACUCGGAAGCCCAGGGAGGAGCGGCGCUAGCUGGAGGUUGGGAUCAUUCUGCAGUAAAGGAAGGGAAGCUCAUUUCACCUGGACAAUAG